AUGGCAAGCACAACAUCGCGUCAUCAAGUUCAAGAUGCCCAGAAGCUCUACGAUGACCGCGCUGCUCACUACGACGACAGCUGGCAUCCACUCUUCGCCCACCAUAUGGUUCAGCUGGCUGAUCUCAAGCCCGGCGACCAUGUUCUCGACUUGGCAUCGGGCACAGGACUAGUCACUUUCGCGGCGAGUAUGGCUGUUGGUCAAACCGGAAGCGUUACGGGCGUCGACAUUAGCAGCGGUAUGCUUCAGCAAGCACGCUCAAGACUCGAGAAUCACGAUCUUGAGAAUGUCGAGUUCCAUCAGCACUCUAUUACCGAUCUCGAUACUCUUAGCGUCUUGCGUGGAAAGGAAUUCGACGCUAUCAUGUGUGCUUCUGUGCUGGUACUACUCCAGAAUCCAGGCCAGGCAAUCAAGGCGUGGGCGGUCUAUCUCAAAGCUGGUGGCAAAUUCAUCACAGACGUUACGCACCCAGCAAGUCAGAUUUCACUCAUAACCUUUGAGCGAGUGGGCAGAGGACUCAAUCGUCCUCUUCCCUUCUACCGAGUACCCUUCCAGAAACCAGAGGAUCUACAGCUCUUGAUGGAACAGGCGGGUUUGCGAGACAACCACAUUGUUUCCCUAUCGCAGCUCGAAGCAGCUAAUGCGGGUGAGGGUAUCAUGGCGUACAUGACUGAUCCGGCUCAUCCACGUCUUGAUAAGCUCUACACGAUUGAGGAUGCCGACGAUGUGUUCGACAAGCAUAUUGACCACUGGGCCGCGGAGUUACUGUCGCGCCCAGAGAUCAAGAAUGAGGCUAGGAAGAUCUUCAAGGAAGAAUGGGCUAGGCUCGCGAACGAAGAAGGCAAGAUUGAGGAGAUGGAUUGCGUGUUUGUGGGAAUUGGCACGAAAGUGGGAUGA